AUGUCGUGCACAACUGACGAAACUACUAGAAAACGUCAAAGAACAGAAGAGGAAACAAUUACAAGCCAUUAUCACCAUCGUCAUCACCAUAAUCCUGGGUCUGGUUUCGAUCAACAUAUUCCAUUUCAAAACUUUAAUGAUGACCAAAGACGUUUCUUCGCAUAUCAUCCCCCAUCUCCACCCAACAAUAUCGUUCUACCUAGUUUGCAUCAAAGUAAUAAUGACACUAAUAAUCAUACUCAAAAUUAUCCAACUCAUCGUCGUCAGUCUGUAAGUGGCGAAUCCAUCCGACCUUCCGAAGAUCCUAACGAUCGUGUAGUCUAUCCCAAGUCUGAUGAGCUCAAAAAACGUCUAGACUAUGCCACUCUUCAAAACUGGCUCUUUAAAGAUAUCGAUAGAGAAACAAAGUUCGAUGUGAUAGAUGCAAUGUAUGAAAGAAUUGUAAAAAAGAACGAACAAAUUUUUGCUCAAGGAGAUAAAGAUGAUAUUUUUUAUGUAAUUGAUCAUGGUAUGUUUCAUGUUGCUCGUACUGCAACGGUUGUGGCUAAAACAGAUGGGAAUCUUUGGGCAAUUAGCAGAGAAACUUUUCAACGGACAGUCUCAAACCAUUCUCAUCGUAAACAAAGCAUUUAUAAAAAUUUAUUAAGAUCCAUACCAUUUUUGUCUUCGUUAAAUCAUGAAGAAAUCUCAAAACUCGCUGAGGCUUUAGAACCUAUGUCCUUUGAAAACGGUGAUACGAUCAUUUCUCAGGGUGAUCUUGGUGAUUACUUUUAUAUUAUCAAAGAAGGUCAUGUUAGUGUUAGUAAAAGCGAACAUGGUAUCGAAAAACAAUUAGCUCCUCUUUCAAAUGGAAAUUAUUUUGGUGAAUUUACACUUUUCAAUAAUUCACCACGUAACAAAACAACUGUGGUGGCUCAAGGUUUAGUGCGUGCAUUAGCACUUAAACGUGAUAAUUUUACACGUCUUCUAGGACCUAUGAUGGAUAUUGUUCGUCGUAAUGCAGCACAAUAUCAUUCAAACACCACUACUACUGAUAUCACUAAUAACUCAAUCCAAAAUUCACUUAUGCCUUUACCUGAUCGACAACUUAUCGUAACAACAACUACAUCUUCGACAUCCUCAUCUUCACCUUCACCCACUGCUACUACUCCCCAAAAUAAUAUUCAAUUGCACUCUGUUAAUCAAAUACUUAACAACGAUAACGAUGAAUACAAUAUUAUUGAUGAAAAUUUUACAGAAGUUCGUCGAUCUUCAACAACUUCUUCUGCAUCAACGUCCACCACCACUUCAACCGUUAACAACAACGAUGCCAUUUCCUCCUCUCCCUCUUCAUCAUCUUCUUCUACACGUACAAGAAGAAGUGGUUAUAGCGGAGCUGGCGGUGUGGAUGUUUUGUAA